AUGGGAGACUCACGAGCGCCGCCCAGGACGAGCUACUCCGUCGUCCCUAGGGUCAACUACAACACCGUCAACAGUGUCGUCGGCCCCCUGGUUAUCCUCGACAAGAUCAAGUUCCCUCAGUACAAUGAAAUUGUUACCCUCACCCUUCCCGAUGGCUCGGAGAAGCACGGCCAGGUUUUGGAAACUCGAGGUGACCGUGCUGUCGUCCAGGUUUUCGAGGGCACUACCGGUAUCGACGUGAAGAAGACAAGGGUCGAGUUCGCCGGCCACAGCUUGAAGCUUGGUGUCUCCGAGGACAUGUUGGGCCGUGUCUUUGACGGUUCCGGCCGCCCGAUUGACAAGGGCCCCAAGGUGCUUGCCGAGGAAUACCUUGACAUCAACGGAUCCGCCAUCAACCCAUAUGCACGAGAAUAUCCCGAGGAGAUGAUUGCGACUGGUAUCUCCACCAUCGAUACCAUGAACUCGAUUGCUCGAGGCCAAAAGAUUCCCAUCUUCUCCGCCUCCGGUCUUCCCCACAACGAGAUUGCUGCUCAGAUUUGUCGCCAGGCCAGUUUGGUUAAGAAGCAGGGUAUCACCAACAAGGGCGUGCACGACGGCCACGAGGAGAACUUCUCCAUUGUCUUCGGCGCCAUGGGUGUCACCCUCGACACUGCCCGCUUCUUUACCAGGGACUUUGAGGAGAACGGCAGCAUGGACCGUGUCACCCUGUUCAUGAACUUGGCUAACGAUCCUACUAUCGAACGUAUCAUCACCCCUCGUCUCGCGCUUACCACUGCCGAAUACUACGCCUACCAACUCGAGAAGCACGUCCUCGUCAUUCUUACCGACAUUUCCUCCUACUGCGAUGCUCUCCGAGAGGUAUCGACCGCCCGCGAGGAAGUCCCCGGUCGUCGCGGUUAUCCCGGUUACAUGUACACGGAUUUGUCCACGAUUUACGAGCGAGCUGGCCGUGUGACUGGCAGACAGGGCUCCAUCACCCAGAUUCCUAUUCUCACCAUGCCCAACGAUGACAUUACCCACCCCAUUCCCGAUUUGACGGGCUACAUUACCGAGGGCCAAAUCUUUGUCGACCGAUCUCUUCAUAACCGCGGCAUCUACCCUCCCAUCAACGUGCUUCCUUCACUCUCCCGUCUCAUGAAGUCUGCCAUCGGUGAUAAGAUGACGCGAAAGGACCACAGCGACGUCUCUAACCAGCUCUAUGCCAAGUACGCUAUCGCCCAGGAUGUUUCGGACAUGAAGCGUGUCGUUGGGCUGGGAGAUGCUCGGACUUUCAACCAGGAUGAGCUGAACCGUAUUCCCGCCAAGAUCCUCAACGAGUUCUUCACUAGGAAACCGGCCGAGAGCCAGAGCGAGUCCCGGCGGAGGGAGCCUCAGCAGACGGAGAACUUGAUCGAUGCGUAG